UUUUCAGGGGCUCUUUCUAAACUGAGAAGAGAAGGAAUCUAAACUGAGACGAGAAGGAAAGGGAAGAAUGAAUUCAACCAAAUUGCCUGCAUCACACCACACAGAGAGAGAAUGCUUCAAAAACUCCCAAGUGCUUUCAUGGACGAUGGCUGGGGCCUCCAUCCUGUUUCUCAGUGUCUGUUUCAUCACCAGAUGUGUUGUAACAUAUCACAGUUUUCAAAUUUAUGGGCAGAAGAAGUUACAGCCACAUAAAACUAUUAAGGAACUUUCCUGCUACCUUGAAGCAUCAGGUUCAGUCAAGAAUUGCUGCCCUUUGAACUGGAAACAUUUUCAAUCUAGUUGCUACUUUUUCUCUACAACCACCUUAUCCUGGUCAUCAAGUCUAAAGAAUUGCUCAGCCAUGGGGGCUCACCUGGUGGUUAUCAACACAUGGGAAGAGCAGGAAUUCCUUUUUCGCACAAAACCUAGAAGGAAAGAGUUUUACAUUGGACUGACAGACGAGGUUGUGGAGGGUCAGUGGCGAUGGGUGGAUGAUACACCUUUCAAAGAGUCCCUGAGCUUCUGGGAUGCUGGAGAGCCCAAUAAUAUAGCUUUAGUGGAGGACUGUGCCACCAUGAGGGACUCUUCAAACUCCAGGAAGAACUGGAAUGAUGUACCCUGUUUCUUCAAUAUGCCUUGGAUUUGUGAGAUGCCAGAAAUAAGUCCUUUGGACUAGGUGCAAUGGAACACAGAAGACAUGGUUUACAU